CGAAGGCAGGCCGGCGGGCAAUACAACAAUGCGCCUUCAACCUGCGCGCGCCGCAUUCUAUUCACGCCGCGCUUCUGUAUUCGCCUCCGGGCAUGCUCCCUCUCGUUGCCUCACUUGGCGCCCUCCCGACGCCGCCCACCUUCCCGCUCCCACUCCGCGCGCGACACACACAGCGGACGCAGCGCCUUCGUCUCGGCCGCGAGCGCACGUGCGCCAUGCAGCGCCGACAUGCUGCGCGGCGAGCGGCGUCAAGAUGGCAGGGGGGGGGGGGGUCAGUGCAUCGCUCUGCGCUCAAAGGCCAGCGAGGCACGCAAGGGAACGCACGCAUUGCCUUGCCAGAUCCUCAUCGGCACAUUCGUCGGCGCCAGCGCUCGCAGUUCCGUCUCUCUGCCCAUCAUGCCCAUCAAGCAAAUCGGGCCGUCAGCAUCGACGUUCCUAACAUACGUUGCUGCGCUUCCCAAGCCAAGACAAACUCACAGGCGUGCCCGCAUGCCCUUCAUCGCCGCUCCGCCGCCGAUGAGCAGGAUGUUGCUCCACAGCAGCGGCUGCACUUGCGCCUCGCACGCGGCAAUGGCAGAGUGCACCAGCUGCGGCAGCGUCUGCGACGAAGGGGCAGUCGCGCUGCCGCCGCUGCCGCUGCUGCUGCUGCUGCUGCUGCUGCCUGCGCAGGCUUGCAGCACUGACAGGGCAGCAACUGGGUGCCGCCAGGCCGGCCUGGCGAUGUCAGUCUUUGCUCUCUCGCAAAAAGGCCCGAAAGCUCGCCCCUCUCUCUCCAUUCAGAAGCGUGCAAACACUCACGUCGCCGUCCGUCUGAGAAGCACAUUUCGCCCAGCUCGUACCUCUCCCUCUCCAAGCGCAGCACCUGCUCGUCCGUCUUCCUUCUCUUGCGCUCGCCUCCUCCCUCCUCUCCUUCCUCGCCGGCAGCAGCAACAGCCGCAGCGGCAGAGGGGUACGCCGGCCGCGCGUAGCCAAACGUGGCGCGCUCGCGCUGCGCCGCACUGGCGCUGGCAGGCAGCGCUUCGGCAUGGUCGGGCAGGAUGUAGUCUUGAGCUAUCGCGUUGCGCUUUGAUCUGUUUGCGCAUGUUCCGAUCAGCUUGCACUUCCUCUGUGGGUGUGCGAGCAAAUGUGCAAGCUGGCGCCCAACUCACCGACAUGCCCAUUCACACGCCUUGAAGCUCCAUCGUUGCACUUCCUUCUCCGCCUCCUUCCCCACAACGACGUCGGGGCGACACGAAGCAUUGCCGUACGCCGCCGGCACAAAGCAGCACUGCUCCUUGAUGUGCUGCACGAGCAGCGUCUCGUCGGACAUGUCCCACUGAUGAAACGAGAGCGUCGCUUGCAGCGCACGCGUGAGCGAGCGGCCGGAGGUGCUGGAGCUUUUUUUUUGAUGCGUGGGAAGGGG